AUGUCCGACGAUGAAUUCGACGAACCUGCUCUCAAGCGUAGCAGACGAGUGAAUAGAGCGUGCGACAUUUGCCGAAGAAAAAAGACAAAAUGCGACGGUCCAAGUAAGACCAGUCACAACUGCUCCUCUUGCGUAGCUUAUGGGUAUACUUGCACCUAUGUCGAGGCUGCUAAGAAACGCGGCCCGCCAAAGGGCUAUAUCGACAACAUGGAAGCCCGGAUUCAGAAAAUAGAGAGACUCCUGCAAACCUUGGUUCCCGAUGCUGAUCUCGCUCAGACCACAAGUUGGAAGUCGCCCCCUCCCGCUGAAGACGACGACAGAAUCCAUCUAAGCCUCACUGAGAAUCUCCAGCGUCUCUCUCUCAGUCCACACCCCGACAAUGUCUUUUUUGGACGUUCCAGCGGCGCGAUGUUGUUGCAGACCGCAAUCAACGUCAAACAAGACGUGGAACCCCAGAAUGCGCGACUCCAUAAGGAAUUCUGGGCCUCCAGGCCGUCUCCGGAAUUACCCCGUCAACCCACGUACACAUUUCCCCCACCAGAUCUCGCAGUAUCACUGGUUGAGCUCUUCUUCGCACAUAUAAACUUGAUUGUCCCCGUUCUCCACCGACCCACAUUCGAAAGGGACCUAUCAAGUGGUUUGCACCUUACCAACGAUGGUUUUGCCGGGACAUAUCUUCUUGUCUGUGCACUCGGGUCACGAUACAGCGAAGACCCACGAGUGCUUCUUGACGGGACAACCAAGCUUCACUCAUGUGGAUGGCGUUGGUUUGAACAGAUCCAACUUGUCCGUGAACCUCUCGGGCCACCUGUGUCAAUCUAUGAUCUCCAGUCGAUUUCUCUCGCCGUUAUGUUCAUUCACGGGACCACUGCACCACAUGCCUCAUGGACAUACCUAUCCUUCGGUAUCAGAAUAGCGCAAGACGUCGGGGCACAUCGACAGAAGGAUGCUGGCCACCACUGGACUGCCGAAGACGAGUUGUGGAAGCGUGCUUUCUGGGCUCUGAUGUACUUCGAUCGACUAACCUCCUCAUACUACGGUCGGCCUAGUGCAAUGCAAGAUGAAGACAUGGACUUGGAGUAUCCGAUUCCCUGUGAUGACCAAUACUGGGACCAAGGUUUUAAACAACCCGAGGGCAAGCCAUCGAUGAUAUCGGCAUUCGUCUGCUUGCUACAGCUGUCUCAAGUCACAUCUUUCUCUCUCCGUACGCUCUACUCGAUCAACAAGCAAAAGGUUCUAUUCGGACUGACGACCGGGACAAAAAGUGAUUGGGAGCAGCGAAUCGUCGUUGAGUUGGACACCACACUAGACAAGUGGCUGGAAGACAUUCCUCCCCAUCUGAAAUGGAACCCUCAACGCGAGUUUUCGGUGUUUGAGACUCAAAGCGUGGCCCUCCAUCUGAGUUACUACUAUUUGAAGAUGCUCGUUCAUCGGCCGUAUGUUCCACCACCCGACAAAGUCAGCACGAAGGUUAAUUCCCCUUCGUUGGCGAUCUGCUUACAUGCGGCCAGAAGCUGCGUGCAGAUUCUUGAACACUAUCAGAAGCAAACUGGCGGAAAGCCGAUGCCGCUUAUGCAGAGCGCCAUGUUUUCCUCGGCCCUAUUUCUCUUGCUCAACUUAUGGGCAAACAAAAGGAAUGGUUCAGGCUCAGUCCUCGACGCUACCAAGGACAUGGCCGGGGUUGACAGUUGUUUGCAAGGAUUGCACGAAUGCGAGAAACGGUGGCAUUCGGCUGGCCGACUUUGUGACAUCCUUCACAACUUGAGGCGGGGUUUGACGAUGCCUGAACUCCCCAAACCCACGAAUAAACGUGAACGAGGAGCUGAACAGCCCAAGAAUGCCAUCUUUGAAAUUAGAGAGGCUGCUCCAGAGUUGCGGCCCAUCAAAAGACCUAUAGUGGAAAUACCAGGACCACGACGGCUUCAGACUUCUGACGUGCCUGCCAUUACCACGCAGUUUCUCCCUCACAACACUCCUCCCUUGUCUUCUUCGUCAAGCUCGUUCCACGGCCAGUCGCAUGACAGAUACAUCUCGCGAAACGAUGAGCAGGCAUAUCUUGAAACGCCUUUGUCCGCGACUUCUCAUCGGUCCGAUGUUUACGUGCCUCGAAUGCCACCUCGAGAGGCUUACAGUAGUAAUUCACCCGCAUUCCGAGACCCUCAUUACAAUUCUCCCGAGACGCCGUUAUCAUCAGCGUCGUCUCUACCACCCCCGUCUUCUCAACGCCUGAACUACUCACACGUGCGAGAUUACCGCAGAGAAACCCACAAUCAUUGGUACGACGGCCAGCAAUCGCCUGUUGUUCAAGGACCUCCGGCUAAUAGUCACCGUUCAUCAGCCUCCUCCCAUCAUCUCAUAUCCUCCAAUGGUCUUGCGCCAUUUUUCCCAGUGUCUGAGGCUUUUUACGAUCAUGUGACAUCCAGUUUUUCUGGCCACCGUCGUAUUCAAGACGACUAUUCGAGUGGGUACUCAAGCGGAGAGGUGGGAUAUUAUCAGGAUCAUGCUGGCCAUGGUCGUGAAAGCGAUUACUCCUCAAGAGAGACAACGUGGUCAUCAAUAUCAGCGAGUUACCAUGGAUCAGACUGGGGACCUUACUACAAUAAUCUGAGUCAGUCUAGGAUGCAUUGA